AUGGCGACCGAGAAAGUCGAACACUCCAACGUGGAGACGGUCAUCGAGCCGAAUCUGCAUCCUGAGCAGGGCAAAUCGGCGCUGAUCACCGACAAUUUCUUUGAGCAUGAACAGACUGUCUACCAAGUCAUCCGGGGCCAUCCAGUCUUAGUCUGGUGGGCUUUCUUCUUCAGCGUCAGUGCUAUUGCAUGGGGGUUCGAUGCCCAGGUGAACGGCGCCGUACUCUCCAUCCCGUCUUUCCGACGAGACUUUGGAGAGAUUUACGACAGUGGCUACGUAGUUCCUGCUCCAUGGCUCAGCGCGUUCAACUCGAUUUCCUCCGUUGGACAGUUCUUUGGAGGCUUCAUUUGCAGUAUUUUUGCCGACCGUUUCGGCAGAAGACUGGCCCUGGCCGUCGGUGUCGUGAUUUCCUGCGGUGGUAUCUUCGGAGAACUAUUCUCGACCGCAAGAGCCGCUUUCUUGAUCAGCAAAUUGAUCUUGGGAGUUGGAUUGGGGUUCUAUCUUACCAUCGGACCCCUGUACUCUUCUGAAGUCUCGCCCGUUGUCCUUCGUGGCAUCACCACGGCAGGUGUCAACCUGGGUAUUGUUAUCGGCCAGUUGCUGUCCAAUGCAGCCAUCAAGGGUUUCGGUGAUCGCGGUGAUCGGUGGGCCUACCGGGGCCCAUUCGCCAUUCAAUUCUUCUUUGUCAUUUUCCUGGCCAUUGGGCUUCCAUUCUCCGUCGAAUCGCCUUGGUACCUCGUCCGUCAUGAAAGGAUCAACGAUGCCCGAACCGCCCUCCAGCGCCUCUACGGCAGCGGGACGAACAUCGAGACAAAGCUCGUGGCUAUCCAGAUGACCGUGGCCCAAGACCUGGAAACGAAGGAGUCCAAGUGGUCCGACCUUAUCCAUGGUACAAAUCGUCUUCGCACUAUAAUUUCCUGCGGAGUCUUCGUGUGCCAGCACCUCGUCGGAAUCAUCUUUGUCCUCGGCUUUUCCACCUACUUCUUCCAGCUGGCUGGUCUCCCCACCGAGCGUUCCUUCGAUCUCGGCGUUGGAGUUACCGCUUGUGGUGUCGUUGGUACUAUGCUCUCCUGGACAAUCGUCAAUCGUCUCGGACGACGGACUAUUUUCGUCUGGGGCAUGGCUAUUCUCAGCAUUAUCAACCUGCUCAUCGGUAUCCUUGACGUGGUCCCAACUAAGGGUGCUAGCUGGACCCAGGCAGCUCUCACCGUGGUCUGGGCCUUCUUCUACCAAGUCGGCAUUGGUGCCGUCGCGUUCGUCCUUCUCGGUGAAACUUCCUCGCCAUCUCUGCGCGCUAAGACUACUGCCAUGGCGACCGCCACCCAGGCCAUCUUUGGUAUUGUCAUGAACAUCGUUGUGCCAUACAUGGUCAACCCGGACGAGGGUAAUAUGAAUGGCAAGGUUGGAUUUGUCUUCGGUGGCCUGGGUGUGAUCGCCACAGUGGGUUGUUUCUUGUACAUCCCCGAUUUGAAAGAUCGUACUUUCGAAGAGAUCGAUGUCAUGUUUGCGAAUCGUGUGCCGCCCCGCAAGAUGGGAGAAUAUGUUGUCGAGCACUAA